AUGGAUAAAUUUAAAGAAUUUUUAAUUUCCUUCAAAAAGAUCAUACCAGAUAUUGGAUUGUUGUUGGUCGGUGCAUUCGCUCACUUACUAUUCAUCUUGUUCUCUCCAAUCUUCCAUAUCAUCGGUCAACUAAAAUUAAAACAAUUCCCAGAACCAAAGACAAUCAUCAUUACUGGUGCAUCAAGUGGAAUCGGUAGGGAAUUAGCGUUGUUGUACGCAGCCAAAGGUAAGUUCCUUGCUUUGACCGGAAGAAAUCAAGAGAGAUUGAAUGAAGUUGCCAAACAGUGUCGUGCCAAGGGUGCCACCGUUGAGACUACAACCAUUGGUGUCACCAACCGAUCAGAGCUGGAGCAAUGGAUCGAUAUGAUCGACAAGAAAUCAAAUGUAGAUGUCGUCAUUGCCAAUGCCGCCGUUUCAGAGCCAUCGGCACCAAACGAUCUCUCCUAUGAGGAAAAAGUGCGUUACUUGACCGACACCAAUGUCUAUGGUGUACUGAACACCAUACUCCCAUUGCUCCAGAGAUUCCGUGAUCGUCAUCACGGUCAGAUCGUCGUUGUCGGUUCACUCUCUACCUACGUCACACACAUCUUCCCAGCGUACGUCGGAUCGAAGAGCUGGUGUCACGGUUGGACCAACACACUCCGUCAGGAACUUGCUCCAUACGGUAUCGGUGUUACCUACAUCGCACCGGGCAUGGUCGACACUCACAUGAGCGACGUUCUCGGUGACAUGAAGAAGCCAAUGAUGAAAUCACCGCGUGACUCUGCCAUCAUCUUCAAGGAUGCAAUCAGCGAGAACGCACCAUGGGUCACCGAUAACACACCUACUCACUACCUCGUCUAUCUUCUCAACACCGUUCCACUCAGAUUGAAAGAUGGAUAUCAAGUCUUGACAAACUACGGUUAUCCAGAUGGUAAUAAAAUGCAAGAUCCAUACUAUUUUGGACAAAGUAAUAUUCAACAAUCUAUUAAAGGAUUACAAGCAUUACAUCAGAGAUGGCAAGCACUUUUAGACACAAAUACAUUCAAGAAUGAAGAGUUUAGAUGGAGUCAGAAUGAGUUAAAGAGAAUAUUGAACGAUGUGGAAGCAGAUAUCAACGAUCUGAUGGACUCGAUUCUGGUGGUCGAGAAAUUCCCAGAUCGUUUCAAUAUCGAUAUGAUGGAGAUUGAAAAGAGAAAACGUUUUAUUAGAGAAUCGAGAGCUGCCGUAGAUGAUGUCAAACGUGACAUGAGCUCACAACAAGUCACCGCCAAAAUCGAGCGUGACAAACAGAAUGAACUACUCAACACCGAAAGAAGACAAAACAUGCAGAGAGAAUCGAAAUACUCUGGAAUAAAUAGAGCAUACGAGGAGGAUACCAAUGAAUUCUUAAGAGAGAAUAUGCAAAUUCAACAAGAAUAUUUCAAUAAUCAAGAUCAAGAAUUAGAAGAGUUGGCACAAGGUGUUGCAAUCAUCGGUGAAAUGGGUCAUGCCAUGAAAAAUGAAGCAGAGAUUCAAGGUAAUAUUUUAGAUAGACUGGGUGAUCGUGCAGCCAAGUCACAAGGUGCACUCGGUGGAGUCAUGAGAAGAUUAGAUAAAUUGAUGGAGGCGACAAGUAGUAAAGUACAAUGGUUAAUGAUUGGUAUUCUAGCUGCUAUUUUUGUUAUUUUAGUUGUUAUUUCUUUAACUAUAUUAAAGAAAAAAUAA